GUUGGCAUGACUACAGAAGAAAUAGAUUGCCUGGUUCACCGUGAAAUAAUCAGACAAAAUGCUUACCCAUCGCCUCUGCAUUACGGGAAUUUUCCAAAAUCUGUUUGCACCUCUGUGAACAACGUGGUAUGUCAUGGGAUUCCUGACAGCCGCCCUCUCCAGGAUGGUGAUAUUAUCAACAUUGAUGUCACGGUGUAUUUCAACGGCUACCAUGGUGACACUUCUGAAACAUUUUUCGUGGGCAGUGUGGAUGAGGCUGGUCAAAAGUUAGUGGAGGUGGCCAGAAAAUGUAGAGAUGAAGCAAUUGCCGCCUGCAGACCUGAGGCUCCUUUCUCUGUAAUUGGAAACACAAUCAGCCGUAUAGUCCGUCAGAAUGGUUUUCAAGUCUGCCCUCACUUCGUUGGGCACGGGAUAGGAUCUUUCUUCCACGGCCACCCUGAAGUUUGGCAUCAUGCCAACCAAAACCCGUUGCUGAUGGAGGAAGGCAUGGCGUUCACAAUAGAGCCCAUCAUCAUGGAAGGCUCCCCGGAGUUUCAAACCCUGCCUGACGGAUGGACGGCUGUGUCCAUGGACAACCAAAGGUCAGCCCAGUUUGAGCACACCGUCCUGAUGACUUCCAGAGGGGCAGAGAUCCUGACCCGGCUGGCCGAAGAAACCUAAAAGAGCCAUCUGACUCCGGCUGGCAUGGGUACCUGGAGUGCUCCUAUGGACUUGGGCAGUCGGAGAGCUAUCCUAAGAAGCAGAGCUAUCCUAAGACCGUGGUGGCGAACCUUUGGCACUCCAGAUGUUAUGGACUACAAUUCCCAUCAGCCCCUGCCAGCAUGUCGGAGGGCCAGAGAGCCAAGACUACAGGUCGAAGAAGCUGCCCAGUCCUGUAGCGCCUGGACUUCGGGUGGAACUGGCCAACAGGACUGGACCUGGUGGCUUCUGAGCACACUUUGGCUCCCCCCCCCCACCUGACUUUUCCUGCUUUGUAAAAUAUGGCGGCCACAUGGGUGUGCCUCCUUUGGGCCUCUUGGGGAGGUGGGCGUGCAGUUAAGGGGAAGCCCAGAAUUGGUUCCUAAAGGAGUUGGCCAAGAAGAGCGAUCCAGAGGUGACCCUGGCCGGGUGCUAAAAAGGGGAUCUGUGUGGUGCCCCCUUCUUCUCCCACUUGGUUGGGUCUGUUCAAGUCGGUGUGCUGUUCAACCUGGGUUUGUCACUGCCUGUAAAGGACCAUCUUGCCAAAACGGGUGUGCCUUUCAUGUUCUUUGGACCCAGGCCGGAUCAAAGGGGGGCCCUGCUGUCAGCGGGACCCCCAUGCCGGGUUUUUUUGAGCCGGGUGGGGCAAUCUCCUAUCUCCCUGGUUGGGACUCCCAGUGUUGGCUGUCCCCAGACCUCAGCCGUGCACCCCCUCCCCCCCAGGGAGGCAAGCAGGAAGGAAGGGGCUGAUGAGGACAGACAAUUAGGGGCUUCCUAAUUACGCAG